AUGCCGAUGGCUGCGGCUUUGAACCAUGCGACCAAACACAAGUCCCGGUGCCCCGGCUUUGUCUUCGAGAUUGCCGCCACACACAGCGUACGCCAAGACCGCCGCGGAUUCAUGAAGCCCGAUAUCUGCUGUUACACCCGAAGCAACCACGACAUCGUUCGAGCGGCGGAGCCCUCAUCUCGGGUCGACUUUGGCUUUGCCGAGCUGUUCAUCGACAUCUCUCCUGACCCCGCGCGCGACGCGUUCACCGACCCUCCGAGGGGCUCAGUAGACCACGAGCUCCUGUCGUUCUCGCCCAGUAAUCGCAAAAACGUCUCCAUCCAUGACCUCUUUGGCCAGCACGUCUCCUACGUCGCGGAGAUCUUCGAUCGUCAGCCGCGAUGCUUACUGUUCACCGUCAUCAUGCACGGCUCGCGAACACGCCUGCUGCGCUGGGACCGUGCAGGCUGCGUCGUCACGGAGGGUUUCGACGCGACCGACGCGGGACGAGGACACGACACUUCCGUCAAGCACGCGCUGCAGGCUGAGGAGGAGCUCUUCGCCGGAGUCCUACGCCAGCAUCUCCAGCUCCAAAUCGCCGACUACGAAGAUCUGGAGAAGGCCGUCGGGCAGCAUUAUGUCCCCGGUCGUGUCUACACAACGGACAUCCUCCAUCACCGUCUCUCCGCAGCCGAUGAGAACACGCGCAAGUUCGUCUUCUCUCGCCCAGCGGCGUCAUCCAGAUCCUUGGCUGGCCCUGGUACACGCGGCUACUGGGCAGUGGACGUCACAAUGAAGAAGAUCGUUUUCAUCAAGGACACGUGGCGGCAUAGCGGUGUGGAGGAGGUGCAAGGGGACACACUACGCCGUCUGGACGACAUGGGCGUACGGUUCGUUCCAUCUUUUGUUUGGCACGGGGACGUGUCGAGGAUGGAGGUGUACCCGGAGGAACGUCGCCGUUUGUCAAGUAGGCAUUUCACCGCCUUCGGCACAUGGCGAUACAUGUCCAUCCGGGUCCUCUCCUGGUCACACGACUACGAAGGCCAACAUCGUUUUGAGGACGACAUGGAGUCCCUUUUGUAUGUGGUGAUCUGCAUGGCAUUGCUGUGGCAACCGCACAAGAUCCACCGGCGAGAACUGGCAGGCAUCUUCGCAUUCAUAUUUGAUCAGACAGAGGAGUACACUGCCGAAAAUGAAGUCUUUGGCGGUUCGGGAAAGAUCAGCAAUGCCGAGUACCGACUCUCCGUCACUGGCCACAGGUUCCUGAGCAAGGAUCUCGCCACCUGGCUCGACAUGAUGAUGAACUACCACUCCCCUGCCGGCCGUAAGGCUGACGACACAUGGAACAAGCCCGGCUUCAUUUACGACUUCUGGACCCAAUUCCUGCGCGAGCACUCCUCCAGCCUGGAGACCAACAAUCGGCAGGAGCACCCGGUCAUUACGGACGACGGCUUGGAGGCCACUUCAGACACCCACGACCGACAGCCGCUAUUCCCCGAUACGACGACAGGUGAGCGCGCCGAGGCGAUCGCGAGGCACGCUCGAAGGAUGACCCUUCUCGCCGAACGAGCAAGAGAAGAGGCUGGGGGCUGGCUUCUCGAGAUUCUCAAUCGGUCGCCGCCAGACAUGGAGAAUCGCGAAGGGCACAACGAAAAUGCGGAGGACCAGACGCUGGGUAAACGCGACCGGUCGCCGACUGAGGAGCAACCGAGUCUGGAGCGUCGGGUGAGCAAGCGACUCAAAGCUGUGGGGUCGCUAGCCCAAGCGAAUGUGCGCGCCGCACCAGUCACUUUGCUCAGCUCUCGCCCUGUUGGAUCUGUCCGUCGAGGUUCCGGCAACUCCAAGUAG